GACACACCAAAGAAGAGGAAUAGAUUUUUCUGCUGGAGACGGAAAAAGACGAAAGUAGCCUCAAAAAACGAAUUGAAUCACAGAAAACUCGCUACGAUAAAUUAUCCUUUGUCCUGCAACUUGCACUUUCCUCUCUUCUGGCUUCACCUUAUUUCUGUGUCCAACAAGAAACCAAAAGAGAGAGAGAAACAGAAGUAAAAUUAUAAUAUAAUGGGAAAGAAGUGUGAUUUAUGCGACGGUGUUGCACGAAUGUACUGCGAGUCAGAUCAAGCGAGUCUCUGCUGGAACUGCGACGCCAAAGUUCACGGCGCUAACUUCCUCGUCGCUAAGCACACGCGUUGCCUCCUCUGCAGCGCCUGCCAGUCACCCACGCCGUGGAAAGCCACGGGCCUUCGUCUCGGCCCAACCUUCUCCGUCUGCGACUCAUGCGUCGCUCUUAAAUCCGCCGUCGGCGGUGGAGCAGGUGUCGGCGCCGAUCAAAGCCAGGAGGUCAAUGAGGGUCAGCUCAGGCGCCGGGAUGAUGACGGUGAUAGCGCCGAGUCUUACGACGAUGGUGAGGACGAAGAUGAAGAUGAGGAGUACAGUGAUGAAGAUGAAGAGGAGGAUGACGCUGACGACGAGGAGGCGGAGAAUCAAGUCGUACCGUGGUCUGCGGCGGCGGCGGCUCAACUUCCUCCCGUGAUGAGUUCGUCAUCUUCUAACGGCGGAGGUGGAGAUCUGGCGGCGAAGAGGACGAGGGACUACUCCGAUGAGGAGAUCGGAUGUUCAUCAUCAGCUCAAGAGUCAAACUUUUCUCCUCCGUUGAAGCGACCGUCGAGAGAUGAACUCGCGUUUAAAUCAACGGCUGAGAUUAACUCUCUAGUCAGAUUAGAAGGAGAGAGAGUGUUGGAACGGCGCCGUUGAUUCGUCUCCUUCAUCGUCGUCUUCUCUCAUCUCUGCGAUGAGAAGAGAUCUUGGCCGUUGAUUCUCCAUCUUUUUCUUUGGUAAAUCACUACCGUCCAUUUCUAACAGUACUUGUUAUAGUGAGGAAGUUGUGUCUUGUUUGUCGUACAAAUUCAGUUUUAAACAUUUGUAUUUGAUCUAUUGAUGCCAUAUAUCGUUGAUUUUUUUUUGUCUUUGUAACUGAUUUGGAUUUGCAUGUUUAUUAGAUUUGAAAUUUUAUAUU